GUCAAUAUGUUUACCACCUAGACUUUCUAAUGUUUCACAAUUCGGGUGAUGCCACACAUCACGCGCCUCGAACUUUGCGUUCUCUCGGUCGAUCAAUCCCGUCAUCUCAUCCGACCAUCCAGAGUAAAAAUGUUGUUCCAAUCCGUUUCCUUCCGCGAGUGACUGACUGCACAACGCUCCCCUGCCGCCUCCUGUCCCUGGCGGUGCCACUGUCGCAGUGUGCGCAGGCACUUCCCCUGCCACGCAAUACCGGUGUGGCUCCACUCGCCACGUCCUGCAUCCACUUGCCAUCGGAUGCCUACGUGCCUCCUCUCACGGUCAGGGGCGUUCUGCAGGCUUCACGGUUACUAGGAGUAGACAGGGAACAAGGGUCUCAACCCGUCCGUCAAGAUCGAUGUGCAAGCGAAUCGGAAUUGAACCCCUUUCAGCAUAUCCUGUACCCGACCAAUGUGGAGAUCCCUGACCACCUCGACGCCGAUCUUACCGAGAGGAAGCUGAGCCGCUGGGCUAAACUGCGCUCAGGAGAAGCUGACGGGUACUCGCAGAUGUGUUUCUGGGAGCUCAACCUGCGCGCGCUCAAGAACAAAGAGGCAGCGCAGAUCGAGUACCUUAAGGCCCUCACCGAAUCGAGAGAUCAGCUCCAAGCUGCUCUGUACGACAACACCCGCAUUGGGUCAGGAUAUUCUGGUAAUUGCGUGAUUCGUCUUCCUAGUUUUGGCGUCUGACAUGUAUCCUCUCAUUGUCAUCUCGUUUCUGACAGCUUGUUCCUGUUUUCCUUGUUCCUUCAGAUUACACAUUCAGGUAGUUUUUCGCUGUUGUUGACUGUUGAAUCAGACUCGCCUGAUUUCCCAUCCCGGCACCCAUAGAAAUGGAAAUGACGAAAUCCCCCUAGUUGUUCAGUCUAACUAGCAGUGUUUCAUUCUAUUGUUUGUCUUGCAUGCAAGAAAUGGAAAUAGGC